AUGGGCCUGGAGCUCUUCCUGGACCUGCUGUCGCAGCCCUGCCGCGCCGUCUACAUCUUCGCCAGGAAGAACAGCAUCCCCUUCGAGCUGCGGCCCGUGGAGCUGCUCAAAGGGCAGCAUGUCAAGGGGUUCUUACCGGCGGGCAGCCAGCAGGUGGUGCCCCUCCUCAAGGACGGCGACUUCGUUCUGCACCAGAGCGCGGCCAUCCUGAUUUACCUGAGCUGUAAGUACCAGGUGGCGGACCACUGGUACCCAGCCGACCUGCAGGCCCGCGCCCGCGUCCACGAGUACCUGGGCUGGCACGCCGACUUCAUCCGGGGCACCUUUGGGGUGUGCCUGUGGACCCAGGUGCUGGCACCGCUCAUCGGGGCGCCAGUGCCCGAGGAGAAGGUGACGCGCAACAGGGCCGCGGUGGACAGCGCGCUGCAGCAGCUGGAGGAGCAGGUCCUGGGGGACAAGGCCUUCCUGGCCGGCCCGCAGCUGACGCUGGCGGACCUCCUGGCCCUGGAGGAGCUGAUGCAGGUGGUGGCUCUCGGCCGCGACGUGUUUGCGGGCCGGCCGCGGCUGGCUGCGUGGCGCGGGCGGGUGGAGGCCGCCCUGGGGGCCGAUCUGUGCCGGGAGGCCCGCGGCCCCAUCCUGAACAUCCUGGAGCAGGCGGCCGGCAGGCAGCUCCCGCAGCCCCCCGCGGAGUUCCGCCACCGGAUGCUGCUGCGCCUCUCCAGGAUCCCCUGA